AUGCAGAUCUUCGUCAAGACCCUCACGGGUAAGACUAUCACCCUUGAGGUGGAGUCUUCCGACACCAUCGACAAUGUCAAGUCCAAGAUCCAGGACAAGGAGGGCAUCCCCCCCGACCAGCAGCGCCUGAUCUUCGCCGGAAAGCAGCUCGAGGACGGCCGCACCCUCUCCGACUACAACAUCCAGAAGGAGAGCACCCUGCACCUCGUCCUGCGCCUGCGUGGAGGUGCCAAGAAGCGCAAGAAGAAGGUCUACACCACCCCCAAGAAGAUCAAGCACAAGCGCAAGAAGACCAAGUUGGCCGUCCUCAAGUACUACAAGGUCGACUCCGACGGCAAGAUUGAGCGUCUCCGCCGCGAGUGCCCCUCCGACACCUGCGGUGCCGGUGUUUUCAUGGCUGCCAUGAACGACCGCCAGUACUGCGGCCGCUGCCACCUCACCUACGUCUUCGACAAGAAGGAGUAA